ACUCGUCGUAGUUCAGUGUGUGAAAUAUGUGUGAUGGCUGUAACAGUGUAUCAUCUGAAAAGGCAUACGACAUCGGAAAAUACGUGAAAAAAGCGCUAAUUUACGGAUAAUUAACCAUGAACACUAUUGUUUAUACAAAGGCAAUGGCUGGAGUCAAUGCCGGCAUAAUGAGGCGUUGUUACUCCAGACGACGGUUGUACAUCGAUAAUCACAGCCUAGGACUUUUAUUUCCGUACACGAAAAUCCGUGAACCAUCAAGAGUAUCAAGCACAAAGCCAUCACUGCUGGGAUCAAAUAUUCAGGUGUACUCCCAGACUCGAAGUUUUCACUUUGCUCCAGCAUGGAUGGGCCAGGAGCCAUCGUCAAAAGUCGAGGAGACAGUGAAGAGUCUCAAAGAGGAAAAAGAAGAGAAGGAAAAAAUGACAGUUGCAGUGGCCAGCGAUGUCACAAAAACCCCUGACAAAGCUGUUGCCGAAAAGCGAACUCUCUGGCAAAAAAUAAAGGCAGAAAUGCUCCAUUAUUAUCAUGGCUUCAGGUUGCUGGGUCUGGACAUGAAAAUAUCCGCCAAACUCAUUUACAGAGUACUCAAGGGAAAGGAAUUGACAAGACGAGAGCAUCGAUUACUCGUUAAAACGACUGGUGACAUGUUUCGACUGAUUCCUUUCUCAGUUUUUAUCAUCGUCCCGUUCAUGGAGUUUCUCCUGCCAGUUGCCAUUAAAUUUUUCCCCGGAAUGUUGCCAUCGACCUUCCAGACAGCAACAGAAAAGGAGGACAAGCUCAAGCAGGCCUUGAAAGUGAAAAUAGAAAUGGCAAAGUUCCUCCAGAAGACGCUGGACGAGAUGGCUGUCCAGUCCCCUAAUCACAAAUCCGAAAAGGCAAAAGAGUUUUCAGAGUUUUUCUACAAACUUCGUUCGACAGGUGCCACAGCAUCCAACGAUGAAAUAAUGAAGUUCUCGAAGCUUUUUGAGGAUGAAAUCACCCUGGACUCUCUCUCGCGUCCCCAGCUGAUUGCCCUUUGUCGAGUUCUGGAUGUGCAGACACUGGGAACAACGAAUUUCCUGGGGUAUCUGCUGAGGAUGAGGCUCAGGAGUCUCGCAGCUGAUGACAGAUUAAUCGAGAAGGAAGGAGUGGAGACACUAACACGUGCUGAACUCCAGCAGGCAUGUCGUGCUCGAGGUAUGAGGGCCUAUGGAAUGCCGGAGAAUAAAUUGAGGGACCAGUUGUCCCAGUGGUUGGACCUCAGCAUUCACAAGAAAGUACCCCCUUCACUGCUGCUGCUGUCCAGGGCACUGAUGGUACCAGAGACAAUGCCAAUGUCUGAUAAACUCAAGGUGACUAUUUCAGCCCUACCUGACGAUGUUCUAGCGGCGACGAAGGGUGCUAUCGGGGAGAAAGAGGGCAAGGUCGAUCACAGAACGAAUAUUGAAAUUAUCAAGAUGGAGGAGCGCAAGAUCGAGGAGGAACGAAAGGAGAAGAAGGAGGCGAAGGAGCCAGAGCCGAUUGUUGCUGCGAGGGAAGACAAGAAGGAUGAAAUCACCACCAAGGACGUCAAAGUUCUGGAGCAAGCGCUUGACUCCAUUGGCAAAGACAAGAAGCUCGUUGUUGAGAAGGAGGAGCUCAAGGAGCUCAAGGAGGAAAUGGCGGAGUAUCAGGAGGAUAUCAAGGAGCUCGAUCAGAUGAAGGCUGAGGCACAAGGGGAAAUUGAAGAUAUCAAGGUCUCUAAGGGUGCCAAACGUCUGUUUAAGAAGGUCAAUAAGAUGAUAUUGAAGAUGGAUGAUGUACUGGAGGAGUUGGAGAAGAACGAGGCUCAGGUUAAGAAGAAGAUUGAGACACUGAAGCCUGAGGAGAAAGAGGGAUCAGAGGUUGUUGAGGAGCUGGUGAAGGUGGAUGAACUCAUAGCUGCUAUCAAACAAAUUCAGAGUGUACCGGAUGAAAAUAGGUUGUCCAGGAUUUCUGAGAUACUGGGGAAGAUCGACGAUGACAGGGACGGUGCAAUUAAAAUUGAAGAUGUCCUGAAGGUGAUUGAGUUAAUCGGUAAAGAGGACGUAAAACUUAACAAAAAGCAGUUGAACGAGCUGAUCGACCUCAUAGAUAAGGAAGAAGUCUUGGAAGUGGAGGAUCAGAUCUCCAAAGCGUUGAAAAAAGAAAGUAAAGACAAACUCCCCGAGGAAAUUCAUCCCGAAAAGACGUCUCCAGUACCUUCAACACCACCAACAAAAGCCGAUCAUCUACCGAGUGAAGAUCUGAAUGACGAUAAUGUUCCAAAGAUCUCUGUUAAAUCAAAGUCUGACGAAUUACGAGAUCCAGCGCCGGUGUUAAAGGAUCCCCUGGACCCUGAGCCAGUGCGAAGUACACCACUAGCCAGCGUACCACCUCCAAAGGCGAAAAAAACCGAAGGUUCCCAGCAGCUGUGAUUUCACCGAGUCCCAUUAUUGAAUUAAAAAUACCAACGUUUAGUCCAACAAUCUUUAUUAUUAUUUUUCUUCUCACCAGAAUGACAUCCACAAGGCAUUUGGCAUUGGAACUGGAGAUGAGCAAAUCAGGAAUAUAAACUGAAACCGUAAUACGAGAUUUAAUAGCUUCUGGAGCGAUCGUUGUGUUACAUUUAUUCCCGAAGAUGGUCAUGGUUGACUGCAAGCAGUGGAGGAUUCAUAGAUUAUCACGAAUAAUUAAUGAUGAUUAAUUGCGAAAGGGUAAUUAACACAUUUGAGCCACUUGCGUGUUCAGACACUGUGUGCCGCUAUCACAGGUGAAUUUUCAAUGUCAAUUUGCGUGUUGAAAACACCUGGACAUAGUAAAGAGAAGAGGAAGCAAUUUUUUUGUCAAAGUUUAGUGGGAAUAACGUGCUGGACACGAAUUAAACUGGAGUUAAUUUAUCAUUUUGCCUCUUUUGUUCUUCUCAACGAUAAAAAUUUCUUCUCGCUUCGUAUCAAAUCCUGGAUACCAUUCCUUCUAUUUAAAAAAUGGUGGAGAAGUGGUGAAUAAGAAUAGACAAGUUCUGAACAUGUUGGUAUUUUGAAAGACGUGUAAUAUUUACCCAGGUGAGGGGUUGAGGGGAUCUUUGCCAGUCCCUUUUACCCACGACAAUUUUGCAGGCUUCGAUGAAGUCUCAAUAUUUUUUCAAUCCUUUUAUUAUGGCUAUUAUUAUUGUAAUUUUUUUAAAAUUAGUUCUGGGGACACUCGAGAGUCAGGGGGCAAGGAAUUUGGGACUUCUCUGGGUCUACCACUUACGCUCCAGGGUCAAGUCCAUUUUCUGUGGCAUUUUUGCGACGAAAUGUUCUUUUUAAUGAUUAAUUCAAUUUGUACCAUUUACGGGGGAAGUAUGGAAUGAGAGAAUUACAUGAAAAUAAUUAAAACAAUGUUUAUUAAUAAUUGUUUCGUGCAUUGUUGCGAGACACGCUGUACAAUUAUAUAAAUAAAAAUAAUAUAAAGUAA